CUAUUAAGUUUUGCAGAGAAAAUAAAAGAAAAAAACGCCAGCUGGUUGCAGCUACUAUCAAAAAAAAAUUACUUUUUUGUUUUUACCUCCUUUUUAUCCCCCUUCCCUUUUUUCUCCUUUCAAUUCUUUUAAAAUAAUCUAAAUAAAUACCCUUUCACCUACACUUUCCCGCCCACUUUUCCCCAACUUUACAUUAGCCGUCCCCAUGACUUUAGAUUGGAUCGAUCGGAUCGGAGAUCUUUUAAUUUAUUUAACUUUUUUAAAAAAAGAGGUAUUUACAUGUGGCUCUUAUUUAAAAAAAGCUCCAUUUGUUUUUCAAAAAUAUUUUUGGCAUUUGUUUUCUGUUCGUUUUAUUUUUAGUGUUCUUUUAUUUAAAAUAUUGAACGUUUUGAAAGGAAAAAGAAAUGUUUUGAUAAUUAAAAAAAAACAAACAAAAUAAUGUUUACUCCAAACGCUUCUGAAUUAAAUGGACAACAAGAUAUUAAAGUUUAUAUUUCUACAGUAACUGGAAAUGCAGAAAUUCGUCAACAAAUUAGGCAGAUAUUAAUGGUCCUAGAUGGGAUGGGUGUUCCCUUUCAACAAGUAGACAUUACAGUUCGUGGAAAUGAAAUGGAAAGAGAUUUUAUGCGCGAAAAAGCAGUUAAUCCCAGGAACGGAACUGAUGUGCCAUUACCGCCCCAAAUAUUUUAUAAAUUUGAAUAUUUAGGGAAUUAUCACGAUUUUGAAGAAGCCGUAGAAAAUAACAGACUAGAAGAAUUUUUACGUUUAUUACCCCCUGAAGAGGAGGAUGUUGCUGAUGAUGAGGAAGAAGACGAAGAAGAGUCAGUAAGCGAUGAAAGUGGGGAAUAUGAUGAAAGUGAUGAGGAUGAGGAGUUAGAAAAUGAAGAUGAAGAGGAGAUCGAAUAUAGUGAAGAAUUGAAUGGAGAGGUAGAAGUACCGAAAAAGAAAAUUAAAGAUUCUGACGAAGAAAAUGAUAAAGGAAGAGAAAAAGAGAAGAAUAAAAAAGAAAUUGGGAAGACUAAAAUGGAUGAAAAGAAAAUUGAAGAUAAUAAAAAAUCAUCCCAAGAGAAUGGUAUUGAACCACGUAAAAAGAUUUCAAAUAAGGAAAAUGAAGAUACAAAAAAGGAUGUUAAGAAGAAUGAAGAAAAGAAAACUCUAGAUAAAAAAGAAACUAAACAACCCUCAGUUACGACAAAGAAAACAUUGGAAGCUGACAAGCCAAAGAGUGAAAAACUGCCAAUAAAGGAUAAAAAGGCUGAAGCAGAUUCAAAGAAAAUGAAUGGAGUUGAGAAAAAAGAAGUUAAAAGAAAUGAAACAAAGCAGGUUGAUCCUAAAAAGAAAGAGGAAUCAAAGAAGGAACUCAAAAAGGAAGAGACAAAGAAAGGGAAUGUGAAGAAAGAUGAGAAGUCUGAACCCAAGAAGGAAUUGGUGAAGGAAGAACCUAAAAAGGAUGCCAACAAGAAAGGAGAACCCAAAAAGGACGAUAAAAAUGAAAAUAAGAAGCAAGAGACACAGAAGGACAUUAAAAAAGAACCUAAGAAAGAAGUCAAGAAACAAGAACCAAAGAAGGAAAUUAAAAAUGAAGUUAAGAAAGAAGAACCUAAAAAGGACGCAAAGAAGGAGGAAUCUAAAAAGGAGGUAAAGAAGGAAGAACCCAAAAAAGACGUAAAGAAAGAACCCAGAAAAGAGGUAAAGAAAGAAGAACCCAAAAAGAACGUAAAGGAAGAACCUAAAAAGGACACAAGCAAAGAAAUCAAAAAGGACGUAAAAAAGGAAGAACCGAAAAAAGACGUAAAGAAGGAAGAACCUAAAAAGGACGUAAAGAAGGAAGAACCUAAAAAGGACCCAAAGAAAGAACCACCCAAAAAAGUAGAAGAAGAAGAAUUGGAAGAUGAGGAGGAAUGGACAUAUGAAUAUGUAACAGACGAAGAAGAUGAAGAGGAAAUACCUCCAAUAGAAAAUGAUUUGGCGAAAAAGAGUUUAGUUAAUGAAAAGUCGAAAACUAAGACAAUAGAUUCGAAUGCAACGACAAAAUCACAAGAACCAAUAAAAGAAGCUAAGAAAGAAAUUAAAAAGGAAGAAACAGAAAAAGAAGAGCCUAAAAAUAAGGUUGAAAAAGAGGCUAAGAAGGAAAUUAGGAAGGAAGAACAAGAACCUAAAAAGAAGGAAGAAACAUUAAAGAAUGAAACUAAAAAAGAUAUAAAGGAAAAUCAGAAAAAGGAUGAACCAAAGAAAGUUAAAUUUGAAGAAGAGGAAUUGGAAGAUGAAGAAGAAUGGACAUAUGAAUAUGUAACUGAUGAAGAAGGGGAGGAAGAAGGAAUCCCUCCAAUUCAGAAUGAUUUGUCGAAGAAGCAGGUCGAAGUAAAAGAGGAUAAGACAAAAAUUAACUCAAGAAAUGAAUCCCCGAAAAGAUCUGAUUCAUCUCCAAAGAAAGUACCAGAAAAGGAAAUACCCAAGAGAACAGAAUCACCAGCUAAAAUAAGUUCACAACAAACAAGCAAAGAUGUUCCCAAGAGAACAGAAUCACCUCCUAAAAAGGCACCAGAACCUCCUCCUAUUAAGAAAGAAGUGCCCAAGAGAACAGAAUCACCUCCUAAAAAGGCACCAGAACCUCCUCCUAUUAAGAAAGAAGUGCCAAAGAGAACAGAAUCACCUCCUAAAAAGGCACCAGAACCUCCUCCUAUUAAGAAAGAAGUGCCCAAGAGAACAGAAUCACCUCCUAAAAAGGCACCAGAACCUCCUCCUAUUAAGAAAGAAGUACCCAAGAGAACAGAAUCACCUCCUAAAAAGGCACCAGAACCUCCUCCUAUUAAGAAAGAAGUACCCAAGAGAACAGAAUCACCAUCUAAAAAGUCACUAGAACCUCCAAGUAAAAAGGAGGUGCCAGCGAAAACUGAAUCAUCUUCUAAGAAGGUUUCAGAAAAAGAGGCGCCAAAGAGAGUAGAAGCACCCAAAAAAGUGGAGGUACCAAAGAAGACUGAACAGCCAAACAACAAAAAUGAAAUAUCAAAAAGAUCAGAAUCGCCCCCGAAAAAAGUGCCAGAAAAGGAGAAACCACCUCCUAAAAAAUCACCGGAAAAGGAAGUAUCAAAAAGAACUGAAUCCUCACCUAAUAAGGCAUCAGAACCUCCCAGAAAAAAUGAGACCACAAAGGACAAAGAAACGCCACCAAAGAAAGUACUAGAAAAGGAAAUACCCAAAAGGACGGAAUCUCCGCCUAAAAAGAUACAAGAAUCCACAAGCAAGAAAGAUUUACCCAAGGAAUCGCCUCAGAAAAAGGUUCCAGAGGCACCCAAGAAAACGGAAUCGCUUUCUAAGAAGGUAACUGAAAAAAAUACUCCUGCAGCAUCACCACCCAAAAAAGUGUUAGAAAAGGAGUUGCCAAAGAGAACAGAAACACCUUCCAAGAAAGUUCAAGAAACAGAAAGCAAGAACGAGCAAUCAAAUUCUAAGAAAUCGUUGGAAAAAGAGGUGUCAAAAGGAAAAGAAACUCUAACCAAGGUACAAGAAACUCCUAGCAAAAAAGAAGUGUCGCCACUUAAGAAGAUGCCAGUAACAGAAGCACCAAAGAAGAAUGAAUUACCACCAAAGAAGAUACCGGAAAAGGAGACACAAAAAAGAACCGAAUCUCCCUCUAAAAAGGCACCAGAAAAGGAAGAACAAAAGAGAACAGAUUCACCUCCAAAAACAAAGCCAACAUCAAAAACUGAGGACUCCAAAAAACUGGAAACGGCAAUAAAGAAAGAAAUAGCUAAUAAUUCUAUGGAAAAGCCGGAUUCUAAAAAAUCAGAGAAUAAAAAGAGUGAAAGCAUAACAGAAAGUAAAAAAUUGGAAGAAAAAAAGAAAAUAGAAGAAAAGAAAAAAGAAGUUGAAGAAGAAUUGGAAGACGAAGAUGAAUGGACAUAUGAAUAUGUAACUGAUUCUGAAGGAUGA